AUGUCUACCUCCUUCUUUAAGGUGGAAGAGGUUGUGAAUGGAGUAGAGUCCCUGGCUUUGGAAGGAGAGGAGGAACUGAAAGUUCCCAAACAAGGGCGAGGUCCGUCCAAGGCACAGAAGAGACGGGUGAGCUGUAAUGUAUUGUGUCACUCACUGUGCAUCUUAAUGUAUUAACAUUCAGUAAGCCCUAAACUCCUGGCGUUUUUCUUGUUCAAAUCCUCUCAUUUACAAGGUGCAAUAAGAUGAGAUUCAUGUAAUCCUUUAUUUAGCCAGGUAAGACAUGUUUCACAGUGGAGUUCAAAUCCCAUGUAUGUCCUCCCUGUUCUCUCUGAACCCUCCCAGGAUAAGAAGGCAGCCGCGGAGAAGGAGAGAGAGAGUCGUAUAGCGGAGGCUGAGGUGGAGAACCUGUCUGGGCUGAGACACCAGGAGGGACUGAAGCUGUCCCAGAAGCUGGUAGAACGCCAGCUGCAGAUCAGGGAGAUCUCCUCAGGUAGGACCUGGAGCAGGGGGGUGGUAGGACCUGGGAGCAGGGGGGUGGGUAGGGGGUGUGGUAGGACCCGCAGCAGGGGGGUGGUAGGACCCGGAGCAGGGGGGUGGUAGGACCCGCAGCAGGGGGGUGGUAGGACCCGGAGCAGGGGGGUGGUAGGACCCGCAGCAGGGGGGUGGUAGGACCCGGAGCAGGGGGGUGGUAGGACCCGCAGCAGGGGGGUGGUAGGACCGGAGCAGGGGGGUGGUAGACCCGCAGCAGGGGGGUGGUAGGACCUGGAGGCAGGGGGUGGUAGGACCCUCAGCAGGGGGGUGGUAGGGACCCGCAGCAGGGGAGGUGGGUGGGAAACCUUGGUAGCAGGGGGGUGGUAGGGGGGGGUGGUAGGACCUGGAGCAGGGGGGUGGUUAGGACCCACACAGGGGGGUGGUAGGGGGGUGGUAGGACCCGCAGCAGGGGGGUGGUAGGACCUGGAGCAGGGGGUGGUAUGGACCCACAGCAGGGUUGGUAGGGGGGGUGGUAGACCCGCAGCGGGGGGGUGGUAGGACUGGAGCAGGGGGUGGUAGGACCCCAGCAGGGGGGUGGGUAGGGGGGUGGUAGGACCCGCAGCAGGGGGGUGGUAGGACCUGGAGCAGGGGGGUGGUAGGACCUGGAGCAGGGGGGUGGUAGGACCCGCAGCAGGGGGUGGUAGUGACUGGAGCAGGGGGGUGGUUGGUAGGACCUGGAGCAGGGGGGUGGUAGGACCUGGAGCAGGGGGGUGGUAGACCCGCAGCAGGGGGGUGGUAGGACCUGGAGCAGGGGGUGGUAGGACCUGGAGCAGGGGGUGGUAGGACCCGCAGCAGGGGGGUGUAGGACCGGAGCAGGGGGGUGGUAGGACCUGGAGCAGGGGGGUGGUGGUAGGACCUGGAGCAGGGGGUGGUAGGACCUGGAGCAGGGGGUGGUAGGACCUGAGCAGGGGGUGGGUAGGGACCUGGCAGCGGGGGGUGGUAGGACCCGCAGCAGGGGGGUGUAGGACCCGCAGCAGGGGGUGGUAGGACCUGGAGCAGGGGGGUGGUAGACCCGCAGCAGGGGGGUGUAGACCUGGAGCAGGGGGGGUGGUUAGGGACCCGCAGCAGGGGGGUGGUAGGACCUGGAGCAGGGGGGUGGUAGGACCUGGAGCAGGGGGUGGGUUAGGACUGGAGCAGGGGUGGUGGGUAGUAGGACCUGGAGCAGGGGGGUGGUAGGACCUGGAGGCAGGGGGUGGUAGGACCUGGAGCAGGGGGUGGUAGGACCUGGAGCAGGGGGGUGGUAGGACCCGCAAGCAGGGGGUGGUAGGACCCGCAGCAGGGGGGUGGUAGGACCUGACAGGGGGGUGGUAGGACCCGCAGCAGGGGGGGUGGUAGGACUGGAGCAGGGGGGGUUAGGACCUGGAGCAGGGGGGUGGUAGGACCCGCAGCAGGGGGGUGGUAGGACCCGCAGCAGGGGGGUGGUAGGACCUGGAGCAGGGGGGUUGGUAGGACCUGGAGCAGGGGGGUGGUAGGGCGGUAGCCAGAGGGGGUGGUAGGACCCCGCAGCAGGGGGGGUGGGGGGGUGGUAGGACCUGGAGCAGGGGGGUGGUAGGACCUGAGCAGGGGGGUGGUAGGACCUGGAGCAGGGGGGUGGUAGGACCUGGAGCAGGGGGGUGGUAGGACCUGGAGCAGGGGGGUGGUAGGACCUGGAGCAGGGGGUGGUAGGACCCGCAGCAGGGGGUGGUAGGACCCGCAGCAGGGGCCGGGGUGGUAGGACCUGGAGCAGGGGGUGGUAGGACCCGCAGCAGGGGGGGGUUGUAGGGGACCUGGAGCAGGGGGGUGGUAGACCUGGAGCAGGGGGGGUGGUAGGACCUGGAGCAGGGGGGGGGUGUAGGACCUGGAGCAGGGGGGUGGUAGGACCUGGAGCAGGGGGGUGGUAGGACCCCGCAGCAGGGGUGGUGGUAGGGGGGGUGGUAGGACCUGGAGCAGGGGGGGUGGUAGGACCUGGAGCAGGGGAGUGGUAGGACCCGCAGCAGGGGGGUGGUAGGACCCACAGCAGGGGGGGUGGUAGGACCCACAGCAGGGGGGUGGUAGGAACCCGCAGCAGGGGGGUUGGUAGGGGGGGUGGUAGGACCCGCAAGCAGGGGGGUGGUAGGGGGGUGGUAGGACCUGGAGCAGGGGGUGGUAGGACCUGGAGCAGGGGGGUGGUAGGACCCGCAGCAGGGGGGUGGUAGGACCCGCAGCAGGGGGGUGGUAGGACCUGGAGCAGGGGGGUGGUAGGGGGGUGGUAGGACCCGCAGCAGGGGGGUGGUAGGGGGUUGGUAGGACCCGCAGCAGGGGGUUUGUAGGACCUGGAGCAGGGGGGUGGUAGGACCUGGAGCAGGGGGGUGGUAGGACCCGCAGCAAGGGGGGUGGUAGGUGGCAUAGAGGUUAGAGAAGCAGGCCAGCAAACAGAGGGUUGCCGGUUCGAAUCCCAGCUCCGAAUGGAAAGAUCUGUUGCAAAGUGAGAUGGCAGGGUGAGACGGAGGGAUGCUGGCAUCAUCCUAGAUACCAUCGCCUACCGUUGUGCCCUUGAGCAACGCACUUACUUAACCCACUGUCUUCCAACCCCUCAGAGAUGUGUGUGUCUCGGGGGGGGGGGGUUGGAUUGUGACUCAAUUUAAUGGACAGUUAACUCUUCUCCUCCUCAGACGGCCACUGUAUGUACCGUGCUGUGGAGGACCAGUUGGGGCAGCACGGUUUAGGUCUGACCCUGAAGGAGCUCCGGGCCCAAACCGCUCAGCACAUGAGGAGCCACACAGACGACUUCCUUCCCUUCCUCACUAACACCAACACAGGGGACAUGUACACAGCUGGUGAGGACUAACUGAGCUGUUCUGUUCAUUUAGGGCCGGUUUAGACAUUAAGGGGCGGUUUCCCCCAGACACAGAUUAAACCUAGUCGAGGACUAAGAAGCAUGAUCAGUGGAGAACCUCUAUUGAAAACGCUUUUCAGUCCUGGAUUAAACUUAAUCUGUGUGUAGAAAACCGUCUCUGUGUUUUAUGUUGAGGUUGUUGUUUGUUAGGUUUUGUAUGGGGGAUUCCUCACUAAACUAGAACAGAAAAAAUAUGCUUUGGAUUUUCAUGAAAUGUAAUCCAUAAAAGCAUUCUUUGGAGGAAGGAUUGUUUUUUUUGACAUUUUGUAUCUUAAAGCGUAAUUGAGAAAUAAGUAAUUGAAGUUGGAGUAUCUGGGGCAUUUUGGCGUUACCCAGGCGAUAAGGUUUCAUCUGUAGAUGCCACAAAGCAAACGUUGAUGUUAUAUGAAGCUAUACCGCUUGCUCUGAAAUAUGAGUAGGAUUUUUCAAUAACAACUUUCUUACAUACACUACCUGUCAAAUGUUUGGACACACCUACUCAUUCCAGGGUUUUUCCUUUAUUUUUUACUAUUUUCUACAUUGUAGAAUAAUAGUGAAGACAUCAAAUCUAUGAAAUAACACAUAUGGAAUCAUGUAGUAACCAAAAAAAGUGUUCAACAAUUGAAAAUGAAUGAACAAAUGAAAAGAGUGUCAAAGCUGUCAUCAAGGCAAAGGGUGGCUAUUUGAAGAAUCUCAAAUAUAAAAUAUAUUUUGAUUUGUUUAACACUUUUUUGGUUACUACAUGAUUCCAUGUGUGUUAUUUCAUAGUUUUGAUGUCUUCACUAUUAUUCUACAAUGUAGAAAAUAGUACAAAUAAAGAAAAACCCUUGAAUGAGUAGGUGUUCUAAAACUUUUGACUGGUACUGUACAUUUUAUAAAUAUUGAAAAAAAUAUAAACAUGAAUAUGAAAUUCAGUAUCACCUGUGGUCCGCUCUGCAGUGUCACUGCAUUGUGUGAUCACAUUUACAUUUACAUUUACGUCAUUUAGCAGACGCCCUAAUCCAGAGCGAUUUACAAAUUGGUGCAUUCACCUUAUAGCCAGUGGGACAACCACUUUACAAUAUGUUAUUUUUUAUUUUUUUUGGUGGGGUAAGGGGGGGUAGAAGGAUUACUUUAUCCUAUCCCAGGUAUUCCUUAACUCUGUGUGUGUUUUCAGAUGAGUUUGAGAAGUAUUGCAGUGACGUGGCGGACACAGCAGCCUGGGGUGGACAACUGGAGGUAUCUUCAUCCUUUAAUCACUUGAUCAGGCUAUAUUUGUUUUAUCAAAGGACCCAACAGAGCACCUUGUGUCAUAACGGUUUUAUACUGAUUUAUAAAUUAUCUAUAAACUGUAAAUUAACAUUUACAAACUACUUAUAGUUAGCGUACCUUACUGUAAAAUGGUACCAGAAUGGGAUCACAUAUACUCAGUGAUUCAUGUAUGCUGCUACUUUGUUCCCUAACAGCUGAGAGCUCUGACACAGGUCCUUCAACUGCCAAUAGAAGUGCUCCAAGCAGAUUCCCCAGCUAUAAUGAUUGGAGAGGAAUUUGACAAGUCACCCAUCACCCUUAUGUAAGUACCAAGUCAGUUAACCUCCAUACUGUAAGUACCAUGUCAGUUAACCUCCAUACUGUUAGUACCAAGUCAGUUAACCUUCAUACUGUUAGUACCUUGUCAGUUAACCUCCAUACUGUUAGUACCAAGUCAGUUAACCUCCAUACUGUUAGUACCAUGUCAGUUAACCUCCAUACUGUUAGUACCAAGUCAGUUAACCUCCAUACUGUAAGUACCAAGUCAGUUAACCUCCAUACUGUAAGUACCAUGUCAGUUAACCUCCAUACUGUUAGUACCAAGUCAGUUAACCUCCAUACUGUUAGUACCAUGUCAGUUAACCUCCAUACUGUUAGUACCGUGUCAGUUAACCUCCAUACUGUUAGUACCGUGUCAGUUAACCUCCAUACUGUUAGUACCGUGUCAGUUAACCUCCAUACUGUUAGUACCAUGUCAGUUAACCUCCAUACUGUUAGUACCGUGUCAGUUAACCUCCAUACUGUUAGUACCAAGUCAGUUAACCUCCAUACUGUUAGUACCAUGUCAGUUAACCUCCAUACUGUUAGUACCGUGUCAGUUAACCUCCAUACUGUUAGUACCAAGUCAGUUAACCUCCAUACUGUUAGUACCAUGUCAGUUAACCUCCAUACUGUAAGUACCAUGUCAGUUAACCUCCAUACUGUUAGUACCAAGUCAGUUAACCUUCAUACUGUUAGUACCUUGUCAGUUAACCUCCAUACUGUUAGUACCAAGUCAGUUAACCUCCAUACUGUUAGUACCAUGUCAGUUAACCUCCAUACUGUUAGUACCUUGUCAGUUAACCUCCAUACUGUUAGUACCAUGUCAGUUAACCUCCAUACUGUUAGUACCUUGUCAGUUAACCUCCAUACUGUUAGUACCAUGUCAGUUAACCUCCAUACUGUUAGUACCGUGUCAGUUAACCUCCAUACUGUUAGUACCAUGUCAGUUAACCUCCAUACUGUUAGUACCGUGUCAGUUAACCUCCAUACUGUUAGUACCUUGUCAGUUAACCUCCAUACUGUAAGUACCAUGUCAGUUAACCUCCAUACUGUUAGUACCAUGUCAGUUAACCUCCAUACUGUUAGUACCAUGUCAGUUAACCUCCAUACUGUAAGUACCAUGUCAGUUAACCUCCAUACUGUUAGUACCAUGUCAGUUAACCUCCAUACUGUAAGUACCGUGUCAGUUAACCUCCAUACUGUUAGUACCUUGUCAGUUAACCUCCAUACUGUUAGUACCUUGUCAGUUAACCUCCAUACUGUUAGUACCAAGUCAGUUAACCUCCAUACUGUUAGUACCAUGUCAGUUAACCUCCAUACUGUAAGUACCAUGUCAGUUAACCUCCAUACUGUUAGUACCAUGUCAGUUAACCUCCAUACUGUUAGUACCUUGUCAGUUAACCUCCAUACUGUUAGUACCUUGUCAGUUAACCUCCAUACUGUUAGUACCUUGUCAGUUAACCUCCAUACUUCCCUAGCUCAGUUUACGAAGUAAUUUGAGUGGUUACAUGUCUCCAGCCCCAUUCACCAUCAGCCUUAUAGUAAACCAAGUGGGGCUGCCAUUUGGCAAAAAAAAAUAAAAAAUAAUCCAAAUGAUUGAUUGUGCCUUUAAUUGUAGCUAUUGUGUUUCAGUUACAUGCGUCAUGCGUACGGACUGGGAGAACACUACAACUCAGUGGAACGUCUGAAAGACCCUGCCACUCAAGGGGAAGACUGA